AUGCCGCACUCGGUCGAGCCCAAAGCUGUUUUGCACGACGAAGCCGCUGCCGCCAUGGCUGAGGAGCAGUCGUCACCGGCCGUCGGCAACGUGGACGCCGAACCGUCUGUGAGCGAAGAUGUGGACAUGGCAGAUGGCUCGGCUAUACCUGAGGUGGCCGUCAAGGCUGAGCCCGCCGAGGUCAAUCUGGACGAUCUGUUUGCGGACGACGACGAAGACGAGGAAUUUCCGAGCUCGCUGCCACCAAAAAGCGAGCAGAAACCCGACUCGCCAUUAGGAGCGGACUUGGCGUCACUAAAAGCGUCAGACCCCGAGGUGAUGCGCAGCUUCUACCAGCGGUUAUUUCCGUGGCGAUACCUGUUCCAGUGGCUCAACCACAGCCCGACACCGACCAAUGACUUUGGGCACCGCGAGUUUGCGUUUACGCUAUCCAACGAUGCCUAUCUGCGAUACCAGUCGUUUCCGACAUCUGAGCUACUCCGAAAAGAUGUGCUACGACUAAUGCCGUCCCGGUUCGAGAUCGGGCCGGUGUACACGACAAACCCACGCGAUCGCAAGUCGCUGAGCAACACGAGCGCGUUUCGGCCGCUGGCCAAGGAGCUGUGCUUCGAUAUCGACCUGACGGACUACGACGACGUGCGGACGUGCUGUGACAAGGCCAACAUCUGCGGCCGCUGCUGGCAGUUCAUCACGAUGGCCAUCAAGGUGGUGGACGUGGCACUGCGCGACGACUUUGGCUUCCAGCACGUGCUGUGGGUGUACUCGGGGCGGCGAGGUGCCCAUGCGUGGGUGUGUGAUCGGCGUGCCCGCACGCUGGACGACCAGAAGCGCCGAGCCAUUGCCGGCUAUCUCGAAGUCGUCCGUGGCGGCGCUCAGGGCGGCAAGAAGGUCAGCGUGCGCCGACCAUUGCACCCGCACCUGGCCCGCAGCCUGCGGCUGCUGGCACCACACUUCCAAGACGACGUGCUGCAGAGCCAAGACCCCUGGGACACGUCUGAGCGUGCCGAGAAGCUGCUGCAGCUGCUGCCCGACCGCACGCUCAACGCGGCUCUGCGCCGCAAAUGGGACGCGGCGCCCGGUCGCAGUUCGGCUGCCAAGUGGGCUGACAUCGACGUCGUGGCCAAGACCGGUGCCAGCAAGGCGCUCGAUGCCAAGGCUCUGCUCGAGGCCAAGCAGGACGUCGUGCUCGAGUACACGUACCCGCGCCUCGAUAUCGAGGUCAGCAAGAAGCUCAACCAUCUGCUCAAGAGUCCGUUUGUCGUCCAUCCCGGCACUGGCCGCGUCUGCGUGCCCAUCGACCUCCGUCGCCUCGACCAGUUCGACCCGCUUGCCGUGCCGACCGUUCAGGAGCUGCUGCAGGAAAUCGACGCCUGGCAGCCGCCCGCCGGCGCUGCCAACACGGCCGCUGCUGAAGCCAGCGAUGGUGCUGCUGCCCCAAAACCCCUGCAGGAUUGGGAGAAGACCAGCCUGCGCCCCUAUAUCGAGCUGUUCCGCACCUUCGUCCAGGCCCUGAUGCGCGACGAGACCGACGUGAAGGUCAAACGGGAGCGCGACGAGGGAUUGGAUUUUUGA